AAUUAACGUUAAUUAAUAAUAUUAAUACACAAUAUGGAUUAUUAUACAAAUUACCAACAAUUAGAUACGAAUUUAAAUAGUCGGAUCAGUCAAUCGGAAUCGGAUUCAUCGAAUAGUCCAGCCAAGCCAAGACAGGCAGUGAACGCUCGGGAACGCUGUCGUACCCAAAGCGUGAAUGCUGCUUUUAAUACAUUGCGUACCUUAAUACCGACGGAGCCCCACGAUCGUAAAUUAUCAAAAAUUGAAAUUUUACGCUUAGCAAAAAGUUAUAUAUCCCAUCUCGAUGCCGUUAUAAUAACUGGUAAUGUUGAAAGACCUUGCUCGGUAUAUUUAACCCAUCAAUGCAGUGAUAAAUCAAGCAAUGUUAGAGCUACAAUUUGUACGUUUUGUGCCAAUGCAGCGAAUAAAAAUUAA